ACCCCUACUACGGGUCCCAAACCCCGCCGCCCCCCUUCGUGUUCCCUCUCUCUCUCCUCCUCCUCCUCCUCUCAUCUUCUUCUCCGGCGCCGGCGAUGGGGGGCUCCCGCACGCAGGUGAACAAGCCCCACAAGACCCGCUUCGCCUCCAAGGCUUCUCGCCACGCCCACAAAACCUCCGUCUCAGAUAAGAGCCGCAUCGCCAAGCCGGACGCCCACCGCGCCGCCGUCAAGGGCGCCCGCGCCGCCCGCAUCCAGCGCAACAAGGCGAUCAGAGAUCAGAAACGAGCUGCGUUGUUGAAUGAGAAAAGGGCCUCAAGUGGGUCAGCCAGCCCUCCUCGUGUUGUUGUCCUUUUUGGCCUCUCUUCGGAUGCGAACACAAAUUUGGUUGCAAAGGAUCUUCUGACAUUGUCACUGGAGGAAGAUAGGGAACCUAAUGGAACCACAAUUGCGUCUUCUUUCUACAAACUUAGAAUGACGGUGUUGGAAGCUCCAUAUGGGGAUCUGCUGUCAUGCAUGGAACUGGCAAAGGUUGCCGAUAUGAUUGCUUUUGUGGUAUCUGCAAACUCAUUGUGUGAUAAGGCAUCCAGCAGCCUGAUUGAUGAUUUUGGAAAACAAUGUCUUUCCGUCUUUAGAUCCAUUGGCUUGCCCAGUACAGCUGUUCUGAUUCGGGAUCUUCCACCAGACAUCAAAAGUAAACAGGAACUCAAGAAGAUGAGCAUUUCUUGUCUUUCUUCUGAGUUGCCGGAGGACUGUAGAUUUUAUGCAGCAGAUACAAAGGAGGACUUGCAUAAGUUCAUGUGGCUUUUCAAGGAGCAACACCUCUCAUCUCCUCAUUGGAGAAGCCAGAGACCUUAUGUUAUGUCUCAAGAGGUCUGUAUGGAGCCCGGCGAUGGCAUUCCUGGAAUGUGCACGUUGCUUCUGUCCGGCUAUGUACGUGCUCACAGUCUCUCAGUGAAUCAGCUGGUCCACGUAUCAGGUCUUGGGGAUUUUCAACUAAGCAAGAUUGAUAUCCUCAAGGAUCCAUCCCCUUUAAAUGUAAGGAAAGAUAGUGCUUCAAUGGAUUCAGAAGACAAUGGGAUACAGAUUAUUGGGACGUUAAUUCCAGAUCCGAUGGCCCAUGAGCCUUUGAUAAUUGAAAAUAUCCCAGACCCCCUUGCCGGGGAACAGACAUGGCCAACUGAGUCAGAGAUGGCUGAAGCUGAUGCAAGUAACAAACAGAAAAAGCUGAUAAGGAAGAAACUGCCUAAAGGAACUUCAGAUUACCAGGCUGCCUGGAUUCUUGAUGAUUCAGACAAUGAGGAUUCUGGUAGCAGUGAGGAGGAAGGUGAUGGAAUGGUAUUAGAUGAGCACAAAGACCGAUUGGUGGAGGAAGGAGCUGACUAUUCAGAUACUGAUGAAAUUCCUCAACUUCUUGAGAACUUCGAAGAGGAAACAGAGGCUGAUACUGAGAUGGCUGAUGACGAGAAUUUGACCAAGGAGCAGAUUGAGGCUGAGAUAAGAAGGAUCAAGGACGCAAAUGCCGAAGAUCAAGAAUUUCCGGAUGAAGUAGAUACCCCAAUAGAUACUCCAGCUAGAAAACGUUUUGCGAAGUAUCGAGGGUUAAAGUCCUUUAGAACAUCCUCAUGGGAUCCUAAAGAAUCUUUGCCACCCGAAUAUGCAAGAAUUUUUGCUUUUGAUAAUUUUUCACGAACACAAAAGCAUGCCUUUGUUAAAGUUCAACAGUUAGAUCGAGGAACUACGAACGAUUGUGCGCAAGUUGGAUCGUUUGUAAGGCUCCAUGUAAAGCAUGUUCCUGUUGAAGCUGCUUCCACAGCAUGCCAUCUAUCGAAAAGAUUACCGGUGGUAGCUUGUGGUCUUCUUCAACAUGAGUCAAAGAUGUCUGUUCUUCAUUUCAGCGUAAAGAAGAAUGACUCAUAUGAUGCUCCCAUCAAAUCGAAAGAAGUGUUCACUUUUCAUGUUGGUUUCCGCCAGUUUACAGCAAGGCCAUUAUUUUCCUCUGAUAACAUAAACUGCGAUAAGCAUAAGAUGGAGAGAUUUCUACAUGCAGGACGCUUUUCGGUAGCUUCUAUUUAUGGCCCAAUUUGCUAUCCUCCCCUUCCUCUGAUUGUCUUGAAAAAUAUGGAAGGAGCGCCACCAGCCGUUGCUGCUGUUGGUUCAUUGAAAAGUGUGGACCCGGACAGAAUUAUUCUCAAGAAAAUCAUUUUGACUGGUUAUCCACAAAGAGUGUCGAAAUCAAAAGCAAUCGUGCGAUAUAUGUUCCAUCAUCCAGAGGAUGUUAGGUGGUUCAAGCCAGUAGAUGUGUGGACAAAGCACGGCCGACAUGGAAGAGUAAAAGAACCUGUCGGAACUCAUGGGGCGAUGAAGUGCGUCUUCAACAGCGCUAUCCAGCAGCACGAUACCGUGUGUAUGAGCUUGUACAAGCGCGCUUAUCCCAAAUGGCCGGAACAACAUUUUCCAUCGUGAGAUAGGCGUAUUCGGUCGCUUUUUGUCGUCUCCUGUAACGGUACAACUAUAACCUUUUAUGCGGCGGAACAUAUGGUCUCAAUGACAUUUAUACAGCAGGCCCUGGAAGGAACAACAACUCGUGCUGGCGAUUCUUUUCCUUUUUUCCCUUCCUGUUUGCUGUCAUUUUUUUUUUAAAUAGUUUGAUUGAUUCUCUUCUGUUAGCUUGCUUGUUAAGGGAAAAUUUUUGACUUGUUUGGCGACUACGCCGGUAGUAAAAAGAUUAAUUUUUGUUAUGUUGCACAAGAUGCCGUACCAUUAGUGGUUUGUAAAAGACUCAUAAUUUAUAUAAUAUAUUUGUGAGAUUCUUUUUC